AUGGUAGUCCGUCCACGUACGGACCGUCCAGUCACCGUCAUCGGCAGUGGCGUCCUCGGCCGCCGCAUCGGCUGCGUCUUUGCAGCAGCUGGAUAUAACGUGUGCAUUCAAGAUCCGUCUCCCGCAGCUCUCCAAGGCACAGUCGAAUACAUCAACACCCACAGACAAGAAUACUCACUCAUGCCCCGGAUCAGCAAGCGCAGAGGGUCCGCACGCGAUUCUUCCAACACAAAACAACCAGACCACGAUGACUACGAUGCGGGAAUGAGCGCGGACGAUGCAUUCUCCACGGUAGAUUUUGAAGCAUACUCGCAGGGACCGUUCGGGAGCUAUAAGACUUUUACAACGCUUGAGCCUGCUGUCAAGGAUGCGUGGCUUGUCAUUGAGGCAAUUCCGGAAAAGCUGGAGUUAAAGGUUGAUACGUUUCGCGAACUCGAUCUCAAGUGUGCGGGGGAUUGUAUUAUUGGGUCGAAUAGCUCGUCGUUCAAGUCGAGCUUGUUGGCGUUGAAGGUAUCGAGGGAGCGGAGGAAAAGGUUUCUAAAUAUGCAUUUUACGAUGCCGCCGAUGAUUCGGACCGUGGAAAUGAUGACUUGUGGUGACACGGAGCCGCAGGUGUUUUCGUACUUGGAGGAUGUGAUAGGUGAAUGUGGAUUGUUGCCGGUGACGGCCAGACGAGAGUCGACAGGAUUCGUCUUCAACCGCCUCUGGGCUGCCGUCAAACGCGAGAUUAUGAACAUUCUCUCUGACGGGGUCAGCGAUCCCAGCGAGAUCGACCUCUUAUGGGAACACAUGUUCAAAAACGGACCUCUACCCUGCCAACUCAUGGACCAGGUCGGUCUCGACACUGUAGCUUACAUCGAAGACAACUACAUCCAGGAACGAGGACUCGACUCAACAAAGACCGUGAACUGGCUUCGAGAAAACUACGUGCGACACGGCCGUCUGGGGAAAAAACCUGCAAAUCCCCAUACCGCCGCAAAGGAUAUCUAUUUGCUCGAUGUCGGACUGGGCGGUAACGCCCGAGACGUCACCCAGGCGCAUGCAAACGGACAGAUCUUACAAUUUAAUCUGGCGACGCAGAAAUUAACGCCUAUCGUCAUGCGUCAGAACCUACCGGAUGGGAUUGAUGUCUCUCUCGAGACGCAACGCAUCUUCUGGACGAAUAUGGGUCGCAGUACGGCGGCCUGCGACGGGUCUGUCUGGACGGCCGAUAUGGACGGGAGUCAAAUCCGCUGUCUGAUUCCCAAGGGUCAAGUACACACACCGAAACAGAUCUCCGUGCUAGAUUCUCGAAAGCAAGUGUAUUUCUGUGAUCGGGAAGGAACGAGUAUCCAUCGAGUCGCCUUUGAUGGAACUCAGCACGAGAUUCUCAUGCAGAGACGUACGACGCUCGAUAUACAGCUCAGUGAGAAGAUGCGUUCCUGGUGCGUGGGUAUCGCGCUCGAUGACGAGCAUGGCGUGAUGUAUUGGACGCAAAAAGGACCGAGUAAAGGGGGUCGAGGUCAGAUUUAUCGUGCGGGAUUGGACAUUUCGCCAGGGGAGGCGGCGGAUGAUCGGUCCGAUAUUGAGUGUUUGUUUGAUGGGUUACCCGAACCGAUUGACAUUGAGAUCGAUAGCGGGACACAAACGAUUUAUUGGACGGAUCGGGGCGAGCAUCCGAUGGGAUGUGCUUUGUAUAGAGCAUAUGUUGGAGGUGAAAAGGUUGACAUGCACAAGGUUAUCCUGGCGAGACACUUUCAUGAGCCGAUUGGGUUGAAGCUGGAUCGUGCAAGCAAUACGGUGUAUGUGACUGAUCUUGGAGGCAGUGUGUACUCGGUCGAUUUGAGUGAUGGGAUCAAAGUGGAGGUGAUUCGGAACGAUGGAUGUUAUACGGGAAUCACGUUAGUUUGA